AUGGACAUCGAAUCGUCCCGUUUGAUGGGCCACGGCGAGCCUGAUGCGGCGGCGGCGGCGUGGGUGACGGUCGAGGAGUGGGGCGGCUCCUCCGGCUCCGCGCUCUCCCGCACCGCCGUCCUCACCGCCUCCGCAUCCUCCCUCACCUCCCACAGGUUCGGGAGCCGGUGGGGGCGGAUCGGCAGCCGCGUGCUCGGCGCCUUCGUGCCCGAGGGCUUUCCUGGCAGCGUAACUCCCGAUUACGUCUCGUUCCAGAUGUGGGAUACCUUACAGGGGCUAUCGACGUACAUCCGCGCAAUGUUGUCUACUCAAGCUCUUUUAGGUGCGAUUGGCGUGGGCGAGAAAUCUGCCACAGUCAUAGGUGCCACUUUUCAGUGGUUUCUCAGAGAUUUGACAGGAAUGCUCGGAGGCAUAUUGUUCGCCUUUUAUCAGGGCUCUAACCUUGACAGUGACGCUAAAAUGUGGCGUUUAGUUGCGGACUUUAUGAAUGACCUUGGAAUGUUGAUGGAUCUCUUAAGCCCUUUGUUUCCUUCAUCAUUGAUAGUCAUAAUGUGCUUAGGCAGCUUAUCUCGCUCAUUCACUGGUGUUGCCAGUGGAGCAACUAGAGCAGCAUUAACACAGCAUUUUGCACUUGCAAAUAAUGCAGCUGAUAUAUCUGCAAAGGAGGGCAGCCAGGAGACACUUGCAACAAUGUCUGGAAUGGGAUUGGGAAUGCUCUUAGCGCAUGUUACCAGGGGGCAUGAUUUUGUUGUAUGGGUUUCAUUCCUUUCUCUCACAAUAUUCCAUAUGUUCGCAAAUUACAAGGCAGUGCAGUCACUUUCACUCAGUACACUAAAUUAUGAGAGAACUUCCAUCUUGCUGCAUUCUUUUAUGGAAGAUGAUGAAGUUCUUACUCCACAACAAGUUUCCAAGCAAGAGCAUAUUCUUCCGUUUUGGUCAACCUGGCGGAAAUUGCUUAGAGUUAAACUUCCACAUGAGCUUGUACAUCUAGGUGCUAAAGCCUCAACUCUGACACACUCUGAUAUGUUGCUAAUUGCGAAAACAAAAUCCUACUAUACAAAUGCCAACUACUUUUUGCUGGACAAGGAAGGCAGUGUUCACAUUUUCAUACACAAGCAAGCAGUGGCAACUGAUGUUUUGAAGUCCUUUAUACAUGGGCUCGUCUUAGCACGUCUGAUGCAGAAGAGCAGAUCUUGCCACGCCGAGGCUCACAAAUGGAUGGAUGAGAAAUACAACACCUUCAUCUCAAAGCUGAAACUGGAAGGUUACUCAACAGAACGGCUUCUCUCGCAUUCGAUUGUUUGGAAGGCACAUUGGCUUUACGGUCCAUUGGAUGAGAAGACAAAGUAGGAGGAAACAGCUGUAGAUGGUAGUACCUAUUCGACAUGGCCGUGUUGUAUGCCGAAGGAUGUGCAGGGUCAGGACCGAACUGUCAGAGCAAAGAAAGCACAAGCAGAUGGCGAAAUUAAGAGUAGCAGAGAGAAGGAAACAGAAGACUAAAAUUAUUCAUGUCACCUAGCUAACUGAUGUUCUCCUGCAAAGUGAAUCCACGCUACUGGAAGUUCUAACACAUUGUUAAAGUAUUGAAUUUCUCUAGUCCUAGUUUCUGUCAUGUUGCACAAUUCGGCAGUUCCAUCGUAAAGGGCUUGGACUUGUGAA